AUGGAUGUUAUCUUGUCUGGAUCUUUGAGAAUAAAUGCCAUGCCUUGUCGGUACAAGUUGGCUUAUGUCAUUUCGAUCGAUGUUAUGGUGAUGAAGCACCUUUUAAAGUUCAAUGGGCAUCAAGAUAGGAAUCUGGUGGAUGGUAGUGGACGUGCCCUUUAUGCCUUUCUUGCCUUACUCAUCUUUCUCCACAAAAAGAAAAUUGGUUGGCUUUCAUUCUUCCCCUUUCAUGAUACAGGAAAGGGAGUGUCGUUGGGUUUUGUGGAGAGUAAAGGGAGUGUUACUGUGAUGGGGAAGGGUUCAAAGAUCAAUUGUAAGUCAGCAUCUCAUAAACUUUUCAAGGACAAGGCAAAGAAUCGUGUUGAUGAUCUUCAAGGGAUGUUCUUGGAUCUACAAUUUGCAAGGAAAGAAAGCCGCUCAGUUGAUGCGGCUGUCCUUGAAGAGCAAGUUCAUCAGAUGCUUCGUGAAUGGAAAUCUGAACUUAACGAGCCCUCUCCAGCAUCUUCUUUGCAACAAGGUGGUAGUCUUGGGUCAUUCUCGACGGACAUAUGCAGGCUGCUGCAGCUUUGUGAGGAAGAAGAUGAUGCCACUAGCACAUUAGCAGCGCCGAAGCCAGAACCUAAUGAUCAGAGCUUGCAAGUUGGAGAUAAUGUGGUCUUUCAAGAGGGAUAUGGUGUCAAUCAUGGUCAGCAAGAGCAUGUCUUCCCAUUUGUUGAUCAAUGCAAAGACUCCCCUUCAGGAGUUCGUAGCAUGGUGACCAAUAACAUAGAAGGAGCUGCACAGUUGGAAUACCAUCAGUUUGAUUUGCCAGAGAAUUUCGAGCAGAACUUCUACGCCGGUUUUAAUUGCACAGAUUUGGGUGAGGAGGAUGGUAUGCAUCAUGUUUCUAGCUAUCUGUCAAGCAUGUGUCCUCCGCCUUCUGCUUUCUUAGGCCCAAAAUGUGCCCUUUGGGAUUGUCCAAGGCCUGCUCUAGGAGGGUUGGAAUGGUGUCAGGACUAUUGUAGCAGCUUUCAUCAUGCCCUAGCAUUGAAUGAAGGGCCUCCUGGAAUGAGUCCUGUUCUGAGGCCUGGAGGAAUUGGCCUGAAAGAUGGUCUUCUAUUUUCUGCCCUUAGUGCAAAGGCUGAAGGAAAAGAUGUUGGUAUCCCAGAAUGUGAGGGAGCUGCAACUGCAAAGUCCCCAUGGAAUGCACCUGAGCUCUUUGAUCUUUUGGUUCUCGAGGGUGAAACAAUUAGGGAAUGGCUCUUUUUUGAUAAACCUCGCAGAGCAUUUGAAAGUGGGAACAGAAAGCAAAGGUCAUUGCCUGAUUACACUGGCCGUGGUUGGCAUGAAUCAAGGAAGCAAGUUAUGAAUGAAUUUGGAGGGUUGAAGAGAUCAUAUUACAUGGAUCCACAACCACUGAACAAUUUUGAGUGGCAUCUUUACGAAUAUGAAAUCAACAAGUGUGAUGCUUGUGCGUUAUAUAGAUUGGAAUUAAAGGCUGUUGAUGGAAAGAAGAGUGCUAAGGGGAAACUAGCAAAUGAAUCAGUUGCUGAUCUGCAGAAGCAGAUGGGAAGACUCACUGCUGAGUUUCCCUCAGACAACAAGCGUGCUGUUAAAGUACGGACCAAAGUGAAUGCUAAGGUCAGCGUUGGAAAUGUUUAUUCAGGUUCAACUCGGGUGGCACCAACCAAUGAAACAUAUGACUAUGGGCCAGGUCCGCAUUAUGAUUAUCUCGUUGAGAAUCUAGAAGACUACUACCUCCCACAGUUUAAGAAACCAUGA